AUGGCGGCAAUGAGCUCAAAAAAAAGAAAGCUGGCGCAGGUGGCUGCUGAGGUCACCGACGGCGCACCAGCAGCCGUAAAGAAUGCCCAGAAAGCAUUUUUCAAGAACGCUUCGAAUUGGAACCUGGAGCAAGACUAUGAGUCAAAGCCGCGCAAGGGCAAAAAGAAGGAGCCUAAACAGAGCAACAAGCUACCGAUCAAGACGGCAGACGGUCGAUUGGAAAUUUUGAACAGUUUGGAUGCAGACGGCGACGACGUUUCGGUCGAGAGCGACACCGAAUGGCUCGAGGGCCGCGAAGACGACGUUGAAUGGGAGCCAGAAGCGGAGGAGGAAGAAAAAGCACCGACGAUCCCCGAAUCACAGCAAAUUCUCGAGGCACAAGAGGAAAUGGCCAAACUCGCCAUGGCCCUCAAUGAAAAUCCAGAGGAGAACAUCGCUUCGCUAAAGGCCCUGGCCAAGUACGGCGAGUCGGAAAUCACAGCCAUACAGAUGCUUGCGCUCAUGACGCAAAUGGCCGUUUUCAAGGAUAUCAUACCUGGAUAUCGUAUAAGACCUCUGGCAGAAGAUGAGCAAAAGGAGCAGGUUUCAAAAGACAUCCGCCAAUUACGUCAGUUUGAGCAGUCGCUCGUCUCUGGUUACCAGCAUUACGUCAAGGAGCUCAACCGCCUCGCCCGUCUCGGUAUCAGGGCGAAGCCUGGGAUGCAGAGCGUCUCCAACGUCGCCUACACCUGCGCUUGCACCCUCCUCACCUCAGUGCCACACUUUAACUUCCGCUCCGAGCUGCUCAAGAUUCUCGUGUGGAAGCUGAGCCGGCGCCGUCUCGACGACGACGCCAGCAAGUGCCUGCAGGCGCUCGAGACGCUCUUCCGCCAGGACGACGAGGGCCGUCCGACUAUGGAGGCCGUCUCGCUGCUUACCAAGAUGAUGAAAUCGCGCGAGUACCAGGUCGAUCAGGCUGUGCUCAACCUGUUCCUCUCGCUGCGUCUGCUCUCUGAGUUUCGUGGCACCGCUUCUAGGGACCGCGUCGAUAAGGAUGGCGGCGAGGACGGCGAGGACGGCCCCGCGCAGUCCUUCAAGAAGACCAAGAAGAACCAGCGCGAGUUCCGAACCAAGCGCGAGCGCAAGCUGCUCAAGGAGCAAAAGUCCAUCACCAAGGAGAUGACGCAGGCUGACGCCCUCGUCAGUCACGAGGAGCGCGAGCGCAUGCAGUCCGAGACGCUCAAGAUGGUGUUUGCCUGCUACUUUCGCGUUCUCAAGCUACGCGAGCCGCACCUCAUGGGUGCCGUCCUCGAGGGUCUCGCCAAGUACGCCCGGCUCAUCAACCAGGACUUCUUUGGUGAUCUCCUCGAGGCUCUCAAGGACCUGAUCCGCCACAGCAUCAACGACGCCAGCGCCGAGGACGCCGACGACCAGACCGCCCAGGAUGAGGAGAACGAGAGCGAAGAGGGCGACGACACCGAGCCCUCACGCAACCUCACCCGCGAAGCGCUUCUCUGCACCGCCACCGCGCACACCCUCCUCGCGGGGCAAGACGCCCACAACUCGCGCAACGCACUCCACCUCGACCUUUCCUACUUCACCACUCACCUCUACCGCUCCCUCCUCGAUCUUUCCACCAACCCCGAUCUUGAGCACACCAAGCCCCCCAGCUCCACCUUUGCCGCCGGCCGCUACUUGCGCAUCAAUGUGCAGACCACGACCGUCCUGCUCCUCCGCUCACUCACGGCGAUUCUCCUCCCGCCGUGGAACAUCCGCUCCGUGCCCCCGCUGAGGCUUGCCGCCUUCACGAAACAACUUAUGACCACGUCGCUGCAACUGCCUGAAAAGUCAUGCCAGGGCACGUUGGCGCUGCUCGGCGAUGUUGCGCAUACACAUGGAAGAAAGGUCCGCAGCUUGUGGAACACCGAAGAACGCAAGGGUGAUGGGCGUUUUAAUCCCGUCAGCGACAGUGUGGAGGGAAGCAAUCCUUUUGCGACGACAGUUUGGGAAGGUGAGCUCUUGCGCAAACACUAUUCGCCCAAAGUAAGAGAAGGGCAUCAGCUGUUGGUAAAAGGCAUGAACUCGAAAUAG